AUGUCCAAGUUGAUUACUGUGUUCGGAGCCACUGGCAACCAAGGUGGCUCUGUCAUCAAGCACAUCCUCGCUGAUAGUCAGCUCUCCUCUGAAUUCAAGAUUCGUGGCAUCACUCGCGAUGUCAGCAAGCCCGCUGCCAAAGCACUCGCAGACAAGGGAGUUGAAUUGGCAACUGCCGACAUGAGCGACAAAGCCUCAGUCGCAAAAGCCAUCAAAGGCUCUCAUACAGUUUUUCUCGUAACCAACUACUGGGAAUCUGCAAGCCCUGAUGUUGAGCGCAGCCAAGGCAUCAAUGUCGCCGACGCAGCAAAGGAAGAAGGAGUCCAGCACCUCAUCUUCUCCUCUCUGAUCAACGUCACCGAAGCAACCGGAGGGAAGCUCAACCAUGUACCUCACUUCGACUCGAAGAACGACAUAGAAAAGCACAUUCGCAGCACCGGUAUCCCCUGUACCUUUGUACUGCCAGGCUACUUCAUGUCCAACUUCAGCAGCCAAUUCAACAAAGACGAAGACGGCGUCUACAACUGGGCCCUGCCAGUCAGCGAAAACGCCCAAUUUCCUCUCUUCGACGUCUCAGAGGACACUGGCAAGUUCGUCAAGGCAGUUCUCAAGAAUGCUGAUAAGAUGAAUGGCAAGCAAGUUCUUGCUGCCACUGCUUACUACACUCCCAAGCAGAUCGUUGCAGACUUUGAAGAGGCUUCUGGUCAAAAGGCUAGAUAUAUUCAGAUCUCGGGUGAUCAGUUCAAGUCUUAUGUGCCUGAAUUCAUGGCCGAGGAGAUGCUUCAGAACCAUAUCUUGCUCGAUACUACUGGCUACUAUGCCGGAGCUAGCUUGGAUGAGAGUCUGAAUCUCCUCGAGGAGAAGCCUAUUACCUGGAAGGAGUUUGUCAAGAAGAAUGGUAUCUGGUAA